UCAUGGCUGCAGCAGUAUGGUUACCUUCCCCCAGGAGACAUGAGGACCCACUCCCUUCGCUCCCCUCACUCCUUCUCCUCAGCCAUCGCCACAAUGCAGAGGUUCUACGGCCUCACAGUAACCGGCAGCAUGGACGAGAAGACGAUCGAGGCCAUGAAGCGGCCGCGCUGUGGAGUGCCAGAUAAGUUCGGAGCUGAGCUGAAGAGCAACUUGAGGAGGAAGCGCUACGCCAUUCAGAACCUGAAGUGGCAGAAGACAGAUAUCACGUUUUCAAUCCAGAACUACAGCCCGAAGGUGGGCGAGUACGAGACCCAGCAGGCCAUCAGGAAGGCCUUCAAGGUGUGGGAGAGCGUCACCCCGCUCCGUUUCAGGGAAAUCCCCUACAGCUACAUCCGGGACAAGGUGGAGGAGUUCGCCGACAUCAUGCUGUUCUUCGCGGAGGGUUUCCACGGCGACAGCAGCCCUUUCGAUGGCGAGGGGGGCUUCCUGGCACAUGCCUACUUCCCUGGCAACGGCAUCGGGGGAGACACUCAUUUUGACGCCGCCGAGCCAUGGACGAUUGGAAACCGGGAUCUGUACGGUAACGAUGUCUUCCUUGUCGCGGUGCACGAACUGGGCCAUGCCUUGGGUCUUGAGCACUCCCAUGACCCCUCAGCCAUCAUGGCUCCCUUCUACCAGUGGAUGGACACGGACAACUUCCAACUUCCUGAUGAUGACCGCAGAGGCAUUCAGCAACUUUAUGGAUCCGGAUCAGAGCUGCCGCCGCCUCCAUUGACGCCGCAUACACCCGACCACAACCCCGAGCCCACUUACUCACCAGACCAGCCUCGCUUUGGACCCGACAUCUGCGAGGGACACUUUGACACCAUCGGAAUCUUCAGAGGGGAAAUGUUCGUGUUCAAGGACAAGUGGUUCUGGCGAGUCCGUAACAGCCGUGUGUUGGAUGGAUACCCCAUGCCCACUGGUCACUUUUGGAGGGGAUUGCCCCCUCACCUAAAUUCUGCUUUUGAAAAUGAAGAGGGGAAAUUUGUUUUCUUCAAAGGGGACAGGUACUGGGUGUUUACCGAAUCUUUGCUUGACUCUGGCUACCCCAAGUAUAUUAGUGAAAUGGGCUCCGGACUUCCCAAAGAUCGGAUAGACGCCGCCCUCUUUUACACCCCCAACGGACAGACGUUUUUCUUCCGAGCUAACAAGUAUUAUCGUUUCAAUGAGCAAUCAAGAAGAGUCGAUGACGGUUACCCCAAAUCUAUUGACAAGUGGCAGGGUGUUCCUGACAACAUCAAGGCAGCCUUCAUGAGCAAAGAUCAAGCAUAUACCUAUUUCUACAAAGCCAACAAGUACUGGAAAUAUGACAAUCAGAGGAUGCGCGUGGAGCCUGGAUACCCCAAGUCAGCGCUCCGUGACUGGAUGGGCUGCCCCAACGAAGAUUCCAAGACGGACGGCGGAAGAGGCGGCGGAGGCCACGAUAAAGACAAAGAGAAGGAAAAGGAAAAGGAAAAGGGACGGGAGGAUACGGACAGAACUUGGCCUAAAGACAGGGAAACAGAAAAUGAGACAGAGGAAGAGGUGGAUGUGACCAUUAUUGAGACGAGUCAGGGGAACGGAGCGUUGGCUGUGGUGUUGCCGUUGUUCCUGUUGGUCUGUGUGAUUGCCACAUUGGCAGCCUUGGUGUUCUUCCGUAUGUACGGCACUCCGCGCCGAAUCCUGUACUUCCAAAGAUCUCUACUAGAUAAAGUGUAGGAGGAGGAGGAGCCAAUGGAGCGAGGGGGGGUGGAGAAAUAGGAACAAAUGGGAGCAAAUGUUCAACAGAUAGCCAAUCAGGAGAGAAAGAGCUGAAGGAAAAGUGCAAGACUUUUAUUUUAAAGAAUUUUCUUACCACUGCCUAAUUCAUCCAUCCCUUCUCUCUUAACCACUCAAUGCUUCUGUCUUUUCCUCUCCUUUUGGUCUCCGCCCGUCCUCCCGCGGUUACUGACGCCAGCUCGUUGCUGUUUGUUUUAGUCAUUUUUCAAUGUCUUCCUUGUAGUUUUUGCCAGUGGUAAGGUUUGUGUUCUUGGGAAUUCGCACUCUGAACCUGCAUUUCCGCAGCGCCGAGUCAAGCAUGUUUCUUUGCAUGAGCAUCCAACUCCAACCAGUCCUCCCCUCUUGUUAAGCUUGAACACAUACUCACUUAAAAACACACACACACACACACACACACACACACACUUGAAAUCCACAGUCACAUUAGUUUCUGUGUUUCCUAAUCUUCCACUUAAACCUGUUGGAGCCACCUUGGACCAUAAAAAGGGAAACAAAACAUUUGGUUUCUUCCUCAUAAAGCACGACAAACACUCACAAGUCAAGCCUUUCAUGCAGCUGAUUCGUUACCUUCGUGUUCAGUGAUGCCUUUUGUCACGAAUGAUGUUGUCAUUAGCAUUAUGACUGUUACUAUUAUUGUUGUUGAAUGUUUUUUUUUUUUUUGUAAAUUGACAUUAAAACGUCCUGCUGGACAGAGACAUACACUUUGAAAAGUGGCCUUAAUUUUAUACAUGUGGGGACAGUGAAUGGGGGAAUGGGGAUUUAUGUAUGCUUGAAACUUGAUUGUUUUUAUAUAUAUAUAUAUAUACAUUGACUCCAUCUCAAAUGAAAAUAAAUUGAAGAUUUAAGAAAAAUGAGUCCUUUUCUGUCAUUGUACUUGAACAGCUGUUUAAAUUACGGUGCUACUUUCCUAGUCAGGGGCUAAGCGUAGUUCAGCAGUGACAAUAAUAGUAGGGAUUAUAAUUAUAAUGACAACGAUUUGGUUUUAACAAGAAUGUGUGUACUUCCUUUUAUUUCUCUUUCCUCUUACAUGAAUAAAGUAAUUUUCAAAGGC